AUGAGGGGCAUUUUUCAAUGUUCUGGCACAGCCUCUAUCCACCGGCACCCGCUCUAUCCACCUGCACCCGCUCUAUCCACUGGCACCCCCUCUACCCCCCCUCUCCACCGGCACCCCCUCUACCCACCGGCAACCGCUCUACCCACCGGCACCCGCUCUAUCCACCGGCACCCGCUCUAUCCACCGGCACCCCCUCUGCCCGCUCUAUCCACCGGCACCCCUCUCUCCACCGGCACCCCCUCUAUCCACCGGCACCCGCUCUAUCCACCGGCACCCGCUCUAUCCACCGGCACCCCCUCUCUCCACCGGCACCCCCUCUCUCCACCGACACCCGCUCUAUCCACCGGCACCCCUCUGCCCGCUCUCUCCACCGGCACCCCCUCUCUCCACCGGCACCCCCUCUCUCCACCGGCACCCCCUCUCUCCACCGGCACCCGCUCUCUCCACCGGCACCCGCUCUAUCCACCGGCACCCCCUCUCUCCACCGGCACCCGCUCUAUCCACCGGCACCCCCUCUACCCGCUCUAUCCACCAGCACCCCCUCUCUCCACCGGCACCCCCUCUCUCCACCGGCACCCCCUCUCUCCACCGGCACCCCCUCUCUCCACCGGCACCCCCUCUCUCCACCGGCACCCGCUCUCUCCACCGGCACCCGCUCUCUCCACCGGCACCCGCUCUACCCACCGGCACCCGCUCUACCCACCGGCACCCGCUCUACCCACCGGCACCCGCUCUACCCACCGGCACCCCCUCUACCCACCGGCACCCGCUCUACCCACCGGCACCCGCUCUACCCACCGGCACCCCCUCUACCACCGGCACCCGCUCUACCCACCGGCACCCCCUCUAUCCACCGGCACCCCCUCUACCCACCGGCACCCCCUCUACCCACCGGCACCCCCACUAUCCACCGGCACCCCCUCUAUCCACCGGCACCCCCUCUACCCACCGGCACCCCCUCUACCCACCGGCACCCCCUCUACCCACCGGCACCCCCUCUACCCACCGGCACCCCCUCUACCCACCGGCACCCGCUCUACCCACCGGCACCCCCUCUACCCACCGGCACCCGCUCUACCCACCGGCACCCGCUCUACCCACCGGCACCCGCUCUACCCACCGGCACCCGCUCUACCCACCGGCACCCCCUCUACCCACCGGCACCCGCUCUACCCACCGGCACCCGCUCUACCCACCGGCACCCCCUCUACCCACCGGCACCCGCUCUACCCACCGGCACCCCCUCUAUCCACCGGCACCCCCUCUACCCACCGGCACCCCCUCUACCCACCGGCACCCCCACUAUCCACCGGCACCCCCUCUAUCCACCGGCACCCCCUCUACCCACCGGCACCCCCUCUACCCACUGGCACCCCCUCUACCCACCGGCACCCCCUCUACCCACCGGCACCCCCUCUACCCACCGGCACCCGCUCUAUCCACCGGCACCCCCUCUACCCGCUCUAUCCACCGGCACCCCCUCUCUCCACCGGCACCCCCUCUCUCCACCGGCACCCCCUCUCUCCACCGGCACCCGCUCUAGCCACCGGCACCCGCUCUAGCCACCGGCACCCGCUCUAG